UUUCUCUUACAGACACACACAUAUGUAUAUGUAUUCAUUCUUAGCCUUUCUCUUAGUUUCUGUCAAACCCUGAAAACAAAUGACCAAAGAGUUGUGCAACCAUGCCAUACCAACUGCCUAAUACACAACUCCAACUGGUUGUGCCAUAUGCAUUCCAAACUUAAUAAGUCUAUGACAGAAUUCAUCAUUCCCUACCUUAAAUCUAUCUCCUUCAAACUCCUCUCCUUCUCUUGAGGUGGAUACCAUCUUCCUUUAAGUCAUCCAGAUGGGCUCAUCUGUGUGUCUUCCAUUUCCCUCACUUUCAGUAUCUAAUUAGGUGCCAAAUCUUGGGGAUUCUGCCUCUACAACAGCUUUGACAUUUCCCCCCAGCCCUACAUUCAGAGCCACCAUCUUACUUCAAGCUCUCUUUCCCAUAUUAUUGAAGUAGUCUCUGAACUGAUUUCCCUAUUUCCAGUCUCUCCUGCUUCUUAUAUAGCUGCUAAAAUAAUUUUCCUAAAGCAAAGGUCUGAUUAAUGUCUCUAUAAUCCUCAAUAAUCUUUGAUUUUUUGAGUGACUCUAGGAUUUUAAAAAAAUCCUAAGAUUUGUUUUUAAAGUCUGUAACAAUCUAGCUCCAGUCUAACUUUUCAGGUUUUUACAUGCUAUGUUCCAGAAAAAUUGAUCUAGUUGCUGUAUCCCAGAUUCAACAUUCUAUUUCCUGCCUUCAUGUUAUCUCCUACUCUCUGUUUUGUACCUGGAAUGCUUUGCCCCCCUCACCUCCACCUCUUAGAAUAUUUCAAUUCAGAUCAGGUACCAUGUAACUUGUAACCUUUCUUGAUAUCCAUAGUUGGCAGUACUCUUUCUUUCCUCAAAUUCUAUGGCUUUUUUCCCCCUUCUGUUUACUUGUCAGAAGGUAAAAUUCUUGAGGGUAGAGACAAUUAAAAUGUUUUUGUCUCUGUAUACUUGGAGUUUGGAACAAUGCCUUCCACAUGGCAGGUGCUUAAUAAAUGGUUGUUGAAUAAUUAAACUGAAUGCUGAAAUUUUAAAGAAAGGGGGUGCUUUUCAAUUUUUAUUCAGGUUCUACAGGGAAGACUAACUCCAACUUUCUAGGCAGUAGGAAAUGCUGCUAUCCUAGGUGGAUUCAACCAAAUGACAUACAAGGAGACAAUUUAUCUUUUUUUUUUUGGCAGAGGAAAGAAUAAUUUUUCUCAUCUAAGACAAUCUCAUCUCAAUCUAGAGGAGACCUACUUGUGAUCAGAAACUUAUUUAUUUUCAUGACUUUACGAAGAGGUCAGGUUGACUCUAGGGUAACAGAACCCAGGGCAAAAUCCAACGGCUUGGUCUACAGUAGGAGAAAAUUAAUAUUAGAAAAAAAAGACCCGCUAAAUUUUGGGCUGCCUUGAGCACAUAGUAAAAGACUUUAUUCUUGUGUCUAAGGAUGCUUUGGCAGAAGCUCUGCUCUGGGGGGGGAUGUGCUGACCUUAAUUAAAGACCUAGGUAUUGUGAAGUAAGGAAUGAAUAUCUUCCCCCACCUUCCUUAGACCAUAAUAUUUUAAGAAUAAAAUUUUAAAAGAGCUGAACCCCCUUUUUCAGGUUACUCUCUUCCCCCUACAGCAACCUCACAAAGGUAGCAAAUUUAUUUUAAAAGAACAAAGGGCCUAAGGGUCUCCCCCAGAGAGUUAUGCUCUAAGGUUUUUCCUCUUUUCUGUUUUAUCUGAAAACUUCCUCUUCCUUUUCCCCUCAGGUGCAAAGAGCAGCUACCUCUCAGCUACUGUACCCCCGAAACCGACGAAAUAGAAGUGUCCCCUGAUUUUCUACCCUUGACUUGGCUUCGUUGAAAGAAGGCUGACUUAACCAGGGCGUGGAGCGGGCACUUCAGCCACAGGGUGGCGCGCGAGAAUUUCCUAGGUCCAGACUGGCCACAGCUGCUUCUGCUCUCCUUUGCUCCUCUUCUUUCCCUCUCCACGACUCCCAGCAGACAAGUCCCCAUCUCCCUCCUUCCACUCCCCUCCCCCCCAAUCUAGCCAAGGUGGAUGGUGGACUGAACAGCUCUUUCGCUCUAGAGGCUGCACUGGACAGCAGCCACGCCUGGUCCAUGUGUCAGGGGGGUUGCUGCUUCCCGCGGGCGGUUCCCUAAACUCGGCUCCACCUCCUCCUGGUCUAGCCACCUCCUCCUCCUCCCCCCUCCACCUUCAUCACCUCCUCCUCCGCGCUCCAAGUCUAAUGCAUCCCCAUUGCAGCUGCGGAGCUGAGCAGCAGUGCCGGGGCGGCUGGAUGCGGAGCGCGCCGGCGGUGGCAGCGGGGAGGGACAUCAGCAGCACUAGCAGCGUCUUCAGCAGCUGCCGCCUCCUCCGGCCCCAGUUGGGCUCGUCCGGCCCUUUGCAAGCUUAAAAACAGAGAGAACAGGGAGGACAGGGGCACGGGAGCAGUCCGUAAAAAAAGGCGGGGGGGGGGGCGAAGGAAAGUGCGUGGCUUGUUUGUCUGUAGGAGGCGAAGUGGCAUACUUGGAUUAGGGCGUGGGAGAGGGGAAGGGAAAGGCAGCUGCCUUUGAACUCGCCUGGGCGCACUCCCGGACUCCUACAAACAUGUACUUGCGCAGAGUUGGGACUGGUCCCCGCGGGAGCACGCGGGUUGUCGCCCCGGCUGGGGUGUGUGAAAGCGCGUGUCCAGGGAUGGAGAUGGAGAGAUAGGAUGGGCGCACAGCUCGACCCCCGCAGCCCAAGCCCAGCAACGCCCCGGUGACUUACUGAAGCCCUGUGGCUAAAGCCGCGGAGCGGGGUGGGCUGGUGGGGGUGGUGGGUACGCUGCCCAGCGGCCCUCUUGCUUUUCUGCACCUUCUCCUUGAGUCGCUCAUUCUCCACUUUUCAUCCACCCCACUUCCCACGAGGGGAACGUCAUGUCCAAGGCUACGGGGGGCGCAGCGGCAGCGGCGGCGGCCGCAGUAGCAGCAGCAGGGGCGGAAAGUUGCUCCAGUCCGGCCGCCUCCGCCGUGGUCGAGGACCUAUCCAAAGUGUCAGACGAGGAGCUGCUCCAGUGGAGCAAGGAAGAGCUGAUCCGCAGCCUCCGCCGCGCAGAGGCGGAGAAGGUGAGCGCGAUGCUGGACCACAGCAAUCUCAUCCGGGAGGUGAACCGCCGCCUCCAGCUGCACCUUGGCGAGAUACGCGGCCUCAAGGAUAUUAACCAGAAGCUUCAAGAAGACAACCAAGAGCUGAGGGAUCUUUGUUGUUUCCUGGAUGAUGACAGGCAGAAGGGAAAAAAGGUGUCACGAGAGUGGCAGAGACUGGGCAGGUAUACGGCUGGGGUGAUGCACAAGGAAGUGGCCUUAUAUCUGCAGAAACUGAAGGAACUUGAAGUGAAGCAGGAAGAGGUUGUCAAGGAGAACAUGGAACUCAAAGAGCUCUGCGUGAUGCUGGAUGAAGAGAAAGGUGGCUGUGCUGGCAGUCGGAGCUCCAUUGACAGCCAGAUCAGCCUGUGCCAGCUCACAGCCUCGACUGCCCCCUACGUGCGGGAUGUGGGGGAUGGCAGCAGCACCUCGAGCACGGGGAGCACCGACAGCCCUGACCACCACAAACAUCAUGCAAGUGGCAGCCCUGAGCAUCUCCAGAAACCCAGGGCUGAAGGGAGUCCGGAACACUCAAAGCACAGGAGUGGGAGUCCAGAACACCUGCCCAAACCAAGGGUUUCUGGGAGCCCAGAUCACCAGAAACAGCUCAAAGGACCCAGUCCAGAGCAUCACAAAACCAUAGUCAAGGGCAGCCCUGAACAGCAGAAGCACACGGGUGGUAGCCCGGAGACCCUGCCAAAGCAUGUGAUCAGCAGUAGCCCUGAACAUUUUCAGAAGCACAGGCCUGGCGGAAGCCCAGAACACCAAAAGCACAGCGGUGGUAGCCCCGAGCACCUGCAGAAACACAUCUUGAGUGGGAGCAUGGAACACCUUCCAAGAGUGAGAGGGACCAGCCCGGAGCAUCUCAAGCAGCAUUAUGGGGGCAGCCCAGAGCAUCACAAGCACAUGGGUGGAGGAGGAGGCAGCAGGGAAGGCACACUUCGGAGGCAGACCCCUGACGACAUGUCACCUCAUCACAGGAGUGUAUACAGUGGAAUGAAUGAAUCAACCUUGUCCUAUGUUAGGCAGCUGGAGGCAAGAGUAAGACAGCUGGAGGAGGAGAAUCGAAUGCUGCCCCAGGAAACCCAGAAUAGAAGGCAACCUCCAACUAGAAACAGCUCAAAUAUGGAAAAAAGCUGGGGGUCGAGAGCCCGGCGGGUCUGGCUGUGGUGGCAGGGGUGCCGAGGAAUAGGAAGAUGCCUGCCCACUUUCCCGGGUCCUUUUAGGUUGCCAUCAGGGGCUGAUGGGAAUAACACUUCACCCACCUCUCCAGCUAGCUUCAGCGGACAUACCACACCUUCUCAGCAACCUGAACCAGUGGUACAUACUCUUAAGGUCUUGGAUGUUCAGGAAAAUAUAGAUCGUCAACAGGGUAAAGAGUAUGACCAUGACCUUAGUGAGACAAAAAAAGCUAUAGUCAGAGAAAUGUGCAAUGUUGUGUGGCGGAAACUUGGAGAUGCUGCAGGUUCUUGUCCUGGAAUUAGGCAACAUCUGUCCGGGAAUCAGUAUAAAGGACCAAUGUGAGAAUAACUCCCGAAUACAAGAUUAGCACUGGUGGUGGGAAAGAAAAGAAGGCAUGAUUUCCACACACCUGGACUCAUGGGGGUUAAUGAUAGGGUGGUGGUGGACCACAUCUAUGUCUUCUUUGAACACUUCAGUACAGGUCCCAUAUGCUACUGGCAAUUUUGUGUUUCUUGCUUCACUAUAUUCAAGUGCAGUCUCUGAAUCAUGACAUCACUAAUUUGUUAUCCUACACAUUCUUCAAGAUCUUAGGACAAUUGGAGUUUUUCAUGAAUGGAAGAUGUUCUGGUAGCACUCUAGUGAUUUUGACUGGUGUGACGUAAUAGUCGCUUCCUACCAUGUUCUGUAGGAGCUAAGAAAUGUUGCCUUCCAACUCCCAAAGUUUGGAAACUAGGCCCCAUGUCACUUGUACUUGAGUAUAUAAAAUGCUAGUUACUGGUAUUUAAUUUGAAAGAAAUGGCUGGAUUUUCACUCCCUGAAGCAUUCGAUAUUUGUAUCGAGGUGCUAAAAUUAUCUCAUGAAUUCACUUUUCCAACUAGUAGCAUAGCAAAAUCCCUGACAGAACUUGUCUCAAAACCUGGUUUCUGGCCAACUGGGCAGGUAAGCGCCUUUCCCCCUCCAUUUUGAUAAUACAACUUGGAGGUGACCAGUCUCCUGGCCCACUCCCCCAUCAGCAUUAAUACUAAAAAUUUGCAACUUCAACAAUCAUGAGCUUACUUUAAGGGUUUCCUGCUGUGAGAACAUGUUGAUUUGUUUUUUGACAAUUUUGUUUCUAGACAAGCAGUUAUAUUUAACAAACUCUAAGUAGACUUUAAAAGAUUGCACUGCAUUUUUGAAAAAAGCUUUCCUUGCCUACUGCAGCUUUCUUUAAAAGAAUGGUUUGAUGAUACUCAACGCAUGUCUUUGACUAUUUUGAAGCUUAAAACUCUUGUGCAGAUUGCUUGAAGGUUGACCAAGAGACAUGCUAGCUAUGCUUAGUUUAUUUCAUUUAUUAUUUUUUUGGGGGGAGGGGGGAAAUAUGUAUAACAUUAGACUGUGUGUAAUGGAAAUGCUAUGAUAGGUAUUUUGUGUUUAUCCAAAUGCAACGAGUUUCUUGUAUGAAUAUGCAAGAGGCCUGUGACAGAAUGCUAUUGCUUACGCUUUUAGUGUAGCUUAGGAUAACAGAGAUAGGAAUGCAACAAUUGCUGGUUUUCAGGUUUGUUCUCAAUUACUAAGGGUUUGCUUCACAGCAAAUAUUUUCUCUUUUUUGUGGGCUUGUUACAUGUUGUAUUAAUUAACCAUUUGGUAGUACAAUGUAAGAAAUUGAUGUACACUUAAAAAAAUUAUGGUACUGUGAUAUAGAACCAGCCUGCUGUUGUCUGAAAAUCCUUGUGAAUUAAUUUGCCACAGACUUUUAUCUCCAGUUAUCUUUAUUUGGUUAGAUUUUAAACCAAUAUUCCUUUUGAGAUGUUAUGUUUUAAAAUUGUUAUUCUCUGUUAAAAAAAGAAACCUGCUUGCUAUAUUUACAUUUUCACAAAGUUUUCAUCUAUACACUUAAAUUGUUGUAUUCCUAUACAAUAGAAAACAUUUAAAACAAGUUUUUGUGCCUGCAGUAGACCCUGCAGUAGCUAUUCAAGGGACACUAGUCUUUUGACAAAACACUUGUGUAAAUUUUAUACUGUAUUAAAACUAUUUUUUUAAAGUUCUGCUUAAAAUUGAGUAUCAAGUAUAUGUGUUCAUCUUAGCAAUGGUAAUAAAUUAUUUAAUCUCA